UUUUGAAAUAACAAAAUAUUUAUUUUUUUUUCGCGCAUAUUAUUUAAUUGUGAAAAUAAAAAUUUCCAUUGAAAUGGAUAAUCAAAUUGAACCAACAGGGAAUAGCGCGACUCUCCAUAGCAACUCGGCCACCGUGGAUUACGUAAAUUAUGAUUAUCCGCAACCAUCCAAACGUGGUCGUGGCUAUGCGCCAACGGGCGAGUUCGAUUUGAGUCUYAUACGAGAAUUUCGUGCACGUCCUGGCUUUUACGACCGCAAUUCAGCCAGUUUCAAGGACAAACUGCAUACAGCGCAUCAAUGGCAGGAGAUUUCCAACAAAUUGGGCUUUGAUGUGUCCUUGCUGAAGGAUCGCAUGCUACAGCUGCGCAAUCGCUAUAAUCUGGAGAAACGUCGCCUCGAGCAAGUACGUGAUGAGAAUCCUGGCCAAAAUAUUGAAUCACCAUGGCCGCUGUUUCAACAUUUGCAUUUCCUCUCGGAACACAUACGGCCGCGUCGUUCGUACAAAAGCAUGCAACCGCGUACAUCGCUGGCAGACACCGGCGACGAUGAUGAUGAACAACAGCCCAGUAGUCGUCAGCAACAACCGGAACAAUAUCUGCAACAACAAACACUGAAUUCAACAGCAGCGACAACUGCCAAUCGUGAUUCRUAUAGCGAUGGCGGCGGCGAGGGUGGUGGCAACAACAGCAGCGCCGAUAUGGCAACAUUCGCUAAUGGUCUGCUAGCCGUUAAAAUGGAGGAACCCGAUGCAGAUGAUGCAAAUGCCGCCGAUGAAGAAUCCGCUAGUCAGAGCGGUGACGACACCCGCAGCGCGCAUCCCUUGAAGCUAAGCGCCGCUUCGACAUUGCUCAGCAUGCAACAACGCCAGCCACAUUCCAGAUCGCCAUAUAAUAGAAGCCAUCAUGCUGCGACGUCAUCGUCGUUGGACGCCUUAAGUAAGCGUCCAUUGAAAUAUUCCGCCUCACCUGCACCACUACAACCGCCAGCAAUCAAAAUACGCCGUUUGGAUACAAUGCAAGAGCGCACUUCGUCGUCCGGUGGCGUUGGUUUGCAUUCACAAUCGCGUACAAACAUUCCACAUAGUACAUUCAAUACCAGCCACAAUAAUGACAACAAUAAUACAAACAAUGCUGUUGGCCAGCGUAAGGAGCUGCAACAGCAACAACAGCAGCAGCAGCAUACUUUAGCGUCAGCACGUUCAGCUUACAACAAUUUACAAAUCAAUCGUCGUUGUUUGAGCAUUUCCGAGCAGAAGUAUGCCGCUUUUGGUGAAUUCGUAUCUGCUUCGCUGUUGGAGUUACCCGCGACUCGUGCACUGCAAUUGGUGGAAAAGUUCACUUCGGAGGUGGUGCGUGUGCUGUUGGAUAGUAAGGAGAAGAGCACACAAGCGCCAGCGCAACAAAAUGCGAUUCAGCCGCAAUUAACGCUGUCCGCUACGCAACCAUUUCAGCAAAUUAACGGCAACAUUGGCGAAGCAGUGAAUGGUGUUUGAAUAUACUGCUGCAUACACUCUUAAUAAAAUACAACUAAACAUUA